CGCGUGGAAACGGAAUUGCGCACAACUACUUACGAACUUCCAUCUAAGUUAAUCCAUGGCUUUCCCCGCACACCGCAGCUGCUUUUGGAUGUUGCUCGUGGGAACAUGCGUGUCGCUGGUAGUUGGAACCGACUGUGGAAAGGAGUGCGCUCUCUGCGUGUACCGUCUGCUUGGACAACAAGUCGCUUCCUCCACUUCGACGUGCUCAGUUGAAUGCGAUGGGGAGCUGGACAGUGAGAAGCUUCGCCUCUGCUGGGACAUCCUGAUGGAGGAAUCCAACCGCGUCCCUUUUGACGGCAACCGACAGGAAGAAGCGGAGGCGGCGGGCGUCGUCCCGACUAAUGACGGUGACGCCAACUCGCCGGAACACCAGCUGGCCAAGAAAUACGGCGGCUUCAUGAAGCGUUACGGCGGCUUCAUGUCUCGCCGCUCUUUUCCGGAAGAGUCGUUAGAUGAUUCCGUAAACGACGACCGAGAAGAAAAAGUCCGCCUGGAGAUCUUGAAGAUCCUUAAUACGGCGUCUCAGCACGGCGACCGGGUCGACCUCGGAGAGGGCCGAGCGCUCAAGCGCUACGGGGGCUUUUUGCGUCGCGCCGAUGACGACGGGGAGGUACGGGGCGACCUGCUGGAGGCGGUCUUAGGCCGCGGGUUGAGAAAGCGUUACGGAGGGUUCAUGAGGCGCGUGGGCAGGCCCGAGUGGCUGGUGGACGGUAACAAGAACGGGGGAGUAUCAAAGCGGGCCUGGGAAAACGGCCAGCAACAGAAGAGGUACGGCGGAUUUAUGGACUAGGAGCCCAAAGUUGGGACCAACUACUUGUUCAUCUGGCUUUGUAGAAAUUGCUGCUCCUGCUGCCUACUUUGUCGCUUCAGUGAUGACAUGAAAUAUACUCAUUGUGUCAAAAUCAAUGUCUGGCUGGUUGGAAUAUAUUAUUUAUUAAA